AUGACCAAGGUCGUCACCAGCGAGCUGGACCAAUGUCUUGGUAAACGUCAAUCCUUGCACUUGCUGCACCUCGGCCCGGAGCCUUCGACUCCGGAGCCAUCGACUCCGGAGCCAUCGUCAUCCGAGCCUGACAAGUCUUCCGGGUCCAACCCAUCCGGGUCCAACCCGUCGCCCUGUAAGAAGCGUUGCACCGCGCUGGCUCGCGCCGAGGUCGCCUCAAGUAUCUGUGACGCCGAAGCCGCCGCCGCCGUAGCAGCUCCUGCCACGACACCAGCCACAACUGCUACGACAGCUGCUCCGACCACGGACGCGAUGUCGGCCCUCCUCCCGACUGCUGUUCCCGUCGAUACAAACACCACAUCCGACUCUCCACCCCUUGACCUGUCUUGCCGUCCGGAACCUGUCACCACCGCCACCGUCGACGACAACGUGCGCUCCGAGUCGGAUGCGCCUUCCUGGGAGACCAACCUCGCUCCCAGCUUCGACUUCCUGCCUCGAAAGGGUCCUGCCAGCGACUAUGAUGAUGUGCCAGGACAGUCCGUCGAUGAAUCGUGCAGACGCGCCCUCGACCACUUUCCCUCUCCGGCUGUCGCCUUCCCCACCCCGACCCUCGAGUUCGACUUCCGCGUCGCCGUGACCCUCAAGCCUGAGCCGUCCCAGGUCCAGGGUCGUGCCCACAAGGAGAUUACCGCUAUCUCAUCCGGUAAUUGGUCGGGCUCAUUUGGUCACGGCAAGGUCAUGGCCGGCGGUUAUGAUCUAGGUCAAGCACGUGGAUUCCGACCCAUUCGCAUCGUUGAGGGCGCAUUUGUUAUGCAAACGACUGAUGAACCACCGGCAAUCCUCGAAAUGCGAACCCGCGGCUCCCUUUCCGGACCCUGCGACAUCCUAGACGCUCUCCUGAGCCCCCGCAACCCCAAGCAGAUUGACCCGCGCAAGUACGGCUUUCGCAUGUUCCUGACCAUCAAGACGGCCGACAAGCGCUACGCCGAGAUUGUCAAUUGCGGUCUGUGGGUCGCUAGCGGCGUCUGGAAGGACGACGAGCUCAUCAUCGAUGCGUAUCGCGUUACCUGA